AUGCAGAUACUGCAAGAACAGAAUCCUUUUAUCAAUAAGACCAAAAACAUGAACGUUAAUAUAUCUAUACGGGAUGUGUCCUCACAUAACUUCGAAGUUAAAGAAAAACAGUCUUCAGAUGCCUCCUUGCGGUUGAUGCAUCCGGUAGCUAGCGGAGACAAUGUGGCCACAGAUCUGAACGCCAGUCAAAAAUUUAAAGAGGAGUUGCCUACACUCGUACCUUGUUGUGAGGGCAAAGAAUUGCAGAUAAAUCAAGAUUUGGUACGAAGUGGACUUUCGGCAAUCUCCAUGAAACAUGAAAACGUUAUCCAUUGUCUGAGCAUGUCGCAGACGUCCGAGAGAACACAGAUGCAUCCACCGGGACUGGUAAAGCACCGAAACUCGUUCCGUUCACUUCAUCGUCCGGACCUUAAACGGGUACCUUACCUUCGACGAAUGACUCCUGACGAGUUGGAAAUGCUGUUCCGUGGCUAUGCUGAUCUACCUACCAAUGGAUCUGCUAUAACUGGCAAUAGCACGCUUUGUACAGUAUCGGACGUUCGUCCUACCACAGACGAAAUUCCAGUCGGCAUGCGUCUGCAUGGUGCACGUGCGAGACUAUACACGUCCGUUCUGGCUGGUGCCAAGGCCGGGGAUCAACCUGACAACACAUCGAAUGCAGAAGAGUACGACACCACUGUUCCCGAAAUAGCAGUACCUGAAGAUGAAGUACAAUUGAACGAGGAAUUACAAAUCAUUCUACCUCCGCGCUGUGACGAUACUGUCGAAUCUACAACCACCACCUCCUCAGAAAACAACGCAAAUUAG